UGAGGUGAGUCGAUGGCGCGGUGUGUGCGGGAAAAUUAGGGUUGUCACAAGUGCAAAAAAAUCUCGUUAUUGAUUUCUGGUGCAGCUCGGUUGAGCACAUUUGGGUAGUGGUCUUUGCUUUGUAGUAAUCUGCAGUGGUAGAACUUCUUUUGAGUUGGCACUCAGGACACGCCCUUAGAAUUUAGGCGGCACUUGUACUUCCUGGAGUUGAAAUGCUCGUUUCACUCGCGCCCAUGGAAUGAAAGCGGCACCCUUCGGCGCCUAGUGUGACGCGCUGCUGCAACGACUAGAGGCCGGCGUCUCGUUUAGAGCGGCCUUGAGCCCCGCUUCCGUCAAGGUACCGCGGGUCUCAGCGUGGGGCAUCUCGGGUCUUAGCGUGGGGUAUCGCGAGUCGCCCAGCAGGUCUCGAGGGCCCCUGAGCUCGGCGCGUACUGUAAGCCCCGCGUCCUCGAGAGCAUCGCGUCGCUGCGCGGGAUGGCUCAAUCCGCGGCGUUCGACUCCCCUCUGCUUCCGCCACCAGACCCCCUCGCCGCAGCCUCGCGCGCGACUCACCGCGGGCGGGCGUCCGCGCGGAGGCGCGCUCAGCGGAAGCUGGCGUCGUGCCUCGACCGCCUGGGCGCGUGGAGCCCGUUCGGGCAGGGGGAGGGCGCGCAGGCGGAGGGCGCCGUUGGGUCGACGUGCGGAACGGCGACGGCUGCAGCGACGGCGGAAUUGAGGGGCGCGGAUGAGCGCGAUGAGGCCGGGUGGGAGGAAGGGGAGGGGACGGAGGAGGCGGAGGAAGGGGGCGCGGUGGGGCAGGGCCCGAGCAGCUGCGAGGAGGUGUGGGCGGCGCAGCCGCUGCCGCUGGAGCAGCAGCAGCAGCACGAGACGACCUGGCUCUCCGCGACCUUCGUUGUCCCGCCUAGUGCCCCCGUCGCAGCAAUGCUUUCCACAUGCGCCGACGCUGGGAGGCUCGGAAUGACAGAGCUUGCCAAGCCUGAGCAUGAGGCUCGGUUAAGUUUCCGGGGCAGAGGCGUGCGGGCGUCAGGGUGGUCUGGAGGGAGCUCGGACGAGAGCUGGGCGGCACUGGAGCAGCAGACAGCGCGCAGAGCAGCGCGGCCGGGGAGUGGCGGGGGGAGACGUGCGCAUGGGCGCGGGAGGGGGCACGCGGAGGGGGAGGGCCAUGGGCAGAGGAACGCGGAGAGGGGUGCGGAGGGGGGCGCGCACAGGCGGGCGCAAGGCGAGGGGAGCGGCAAGCACCUGGUAGCGAUGAGCACCCCUGGCAGCAGUGCGGGCGCCAGCGCUCACAUGGCCAGCCCUGCACAGGGGCCGCUGCGCUGUGCGGGGCUGCCAGGCGAGGCCCCAAACGCCGUAGCACCCAGUGGCACGGCGCCAGGCGAACGCGGCGAGGCGCGGGCACGAGCAAGUGGCGACUGCACGAUGGGCCCGCCCCAGCCCCCUGGUGGCGCGCCCUCAGGGAGGCGACGGGGCGUGUCAGGGCGGGGAGAGGGGCGGAGGCGAGGAGAAGGGGAGAGCGGAGGAGGGGGAAUGGAGGAAGGACAAGAGAGGGGAGCGACGGUUGAUGAUGGAGAGGGAAGGGGCGACGGUGGUGGGCGUGCACAGGGAGGGCGCGCAGGGAGUGGCGGGAGGGUGGAGUCGAGAGCAGCAAGGUGGAGUGUAGGAGGGGUGAGUGAUGCGCCUGCUGGCAGUGGUCCGGCUGCUGGCACGGCUGGUGGAGAGGGUGUGUUGAAAUCUCCCCGGUUCAUGAAGCGGCGGGUGAGGUGGCAGAGGGCGGGAGGGGAUGCGGAGCGAGCGGCAGCAAAAGGCGAGCAGGCAGCGGGGCCUGCCGGUGGCAGGAGCAGCGCGGGGCGGGCGGACGUGGAUGAGGGGGGGGCAGAAGGCAGUGCGCGCGAGAGCAGAGGGGCGGGUGCCAUGGCCAUGGGCGGGAACCAGGCAGUGAUUCGCAAGAGGCGGCGCUGCACCAUCCAAUCAGUGCGUGACAGCGCAGGAGGGGUGUCAGGCCACACCAGCGACCGCGUUGGCGGGCCGUGCGACACAUCAUGCGCCUCCAACCCUCUCGACCCCUCCGCGUCCGCCUCAGCAUCUGCCAGUGCUGCUGUGCUGUCGGACCGCGGCCAGCAGUCUGAUCGCGAGCGCCAGUCUGAUGCCAACCCGCCGUCUGAGUUUGGGAGAAGCUCCGAUGCGGGCAGGCAGUCAGACGCGCCCCUCCCUUCCCACGCGCCGUGUCAUGCCUUUGCUGCUGUUGCUGUUGCUGCUGCGGGACAUGAUGAGCGACGCAGCGGUGGUGGUGGGAGGGUGUGUGGCGGGCUCCCUGCAUCACCAGCGGUUGCAGCGCAGCGUGCCACGCGCGCCAGCGGCGAGCUGUACUACGGCACCUCCCGGCCCGGCAAGGCGCCGUGGCACGCCGACGACGCCAGCAGAGCCUCGCGCGCGCCUCGGCAGGCGCGCGUGGAGGGCGGGCGCAGCAGCCGGCGCAGCAGCGCGGCCACAAGGAGCUGUGGGGGGGGAGGGCGAGGCGGCGGGGGGCAGCAGCAGGUGGUGUAUGGAGGGGGGGGGUACAUCAGCAGCAGCAGCACGGGGAUUGACCUGCCGCAAGGGACAAGAGGAAGGCACAUGAGAGGGGCGAGCAGCAGCACGCCCAGGAGCAUAGUGGAGGGGGAGGCGCUGGACAGAGAUGACGUGUGGGGCGGGGAGGAGGAGGAUGAGGAGGAGGAAUCGGGCAUGGUGGUGGCAUCAGCAGCAGCCGUGCAUGGUGGCAUGCACGCUGCUGUCAUGACAGGUGCCAUGGAGCCGUCGACCUGGGCAUCAUCUGCAGCACCCGCACUGCAGCCGUGCUCCUUCCUGCCAGCAGACCUCAUCAUUCCAGGGAAAAUAGAUUCCUAAUGGCUAGCUGCUUGUGGCUGCAUGCGAAAAUGCAAUG